AUGGUCUACGAAGUGCUUUUUCUGGUUGUCUGUGCUGGUCUGUGCUUCACGACACCCUGCUUAGCCUCCGUGCAACAGCCGUCGCUGUCGUCAUGCUCUUCUACGCAGGUCCUGAAAGUCAGUGGCGUGAGCAUCACCAACGCCAAGGUGGGCCAAACGAUGCUGUUUAACUACACGGGCGACCUGACGACCAGCCUGGCAAACUCCCCAGUGCUAAACUUCACAAUGACCGUAAAAUCAACAGGAAACCUAGUCCCAUGCUUUUUGAACGUGGGAUCAUGUCAGUACAAGCUGUGCGGCGGAACCACCACCAUUGAACAAGAGAUCGCGGCGCCGUGGAACAACCAGUGCCCGAUCCCAGCCAUGACGUACACAAGCAGCGUCGCCAUUGCAAUACCGGCUUUGGCGAGUUUGGUCAUUGGGGACGGAAAUGUGCACCUCAAGAUUGCUGGAGUAAACGGCGGCAGUGUCAUUGGGUGCAUUGAGUUUGACUUCAAAAUCGCGAAAAAUUAA